AUGGCACUCAUGGCUCAUGGCAAUCUUGCUAUAUGUGUUCUGCUGGCGACCAUGCUGCACUUUGCAAACGCUGCAUGUCCAGCGCCGAUAAGCCUGCCCGUGAGCAAUGUUGACUUUUUCGGCGGCAGUUCGCGGAGGGGCAUUGCGAUAUCCAUUGGCAGUCCUGUGCAACAAUUUUCGUUUGCCAUCGAUGGGGCCCAGAACAAUUCGUGGGUCUACCGGCUAGGGGAUAAUUUCAGAGAUCUCGACACGGGCGAGUCACGCUGCAACUCCCCAGCGCAGUGUACAACUUUGAGAGGAGGUCUAUAUAACCCGAACAUAUCAUCAACUGCUCGAAUACCUACAGAUCAGGCCAUCCAGGAAGAUCUCUACUUCUCCAAUGCUGAGCAGGACGCACCCGAGGUGAUCAGCGUGUUGAAUGGCACAGCAGUUCAAGACGGCAUCCGUGUGGGAAGUACUACGAUCGAGAAGUACAUGUUUGGAAUGAUAUGGCAGAUCGUUUGGGCAUUGCAGUGGCCGCAGAACACUCUCGGUCUUGGGUCUGGCUCGACCCUGUUGAGUGCCCUCAAGAGCGCGGAACUCAUUGCAUCUUCUUCUUACGCGUAUUACAACGGAUUCAUCACCGAUAGUGACGACGACCGGGACGGUCAGAUUGUGUUUGGCGGGUAUGAUGAAGCACGUUCAACGGGUGCUAAUGUCACUCAUGCAUUAGAGCCCAGCACAGAGCAAUGUCCUACCGGUAUGUGGCUGGAUCUCCACGACCUAGUCCUCACCUUUCCGAAUGGAACAUCACCAAGUCUUCUUCAAGGAGUAACAAUAAGGGCUUGUGUGGUCCCCCAGCUGUCGGCUGUGAUGGCACUGGCGACAGAUCCGUACUGGAUACGUUUUGAAGAGUAUACGGAGACGCAAGCUGAAGGCUAUGUGGAAACAGCGAUCAAUUGGGGUACCACCACUUACGACUCGAACGAUGUUUACGAUGGCGGCUUGCGCAUCGAUCUCGGUUCUGGAGUGGUUGUCGAUAUCACGAAUGACAUGCUCGUCUCGGUUGGGAAAACCAUUGCACCAGGCGGCGGACUCUACCUAGAUGAUGAAACUUCUGCGGUGUUGAUCCAAAAUGAUGACGCUUUCAUUACACCACUCAUCGGAAGGCAGUUCUUUGCGGCAGCCCAGCUCUUCGUCGACUAUGAGGCCGGGACAUUCACCGUGUCGCCCGUCGAAGACACCACGGACAGUAAUCUGAUCGCCGUCGGCAAAGACUGUGCUGCGGCAAGCGAUGUCAAACCACCGGACGACAGCGGCGGCAACAAUGGGAACGACCAGCAAAAUCACGAAGACGGGACAGACGGCGACAAGCAUGUCAAGCCGAAAGGUCUCACCGGCGGCGAAAUUGCAGGAAUCGUCGUCGGUGUCAUCGCUGCACUCGCUAUUGUCGCCGCUAUCGCCUUCUACUUCUUCAGACGCCGCAGGCGUACCGACACAAGAGAAUCGUCGUCCAGCUUUCCGGAAGCUGUUGGUGCAUCUCCACAAGGCGCAGAGCUGCAGACGAAACCGGUCAGACAGUUAUCGAUGUCGAAGACUGCCAGGUCAUGGUUCAGGUCAUCUGAGCCGAAAGGGGACUUCAGUCCGAGUACGAGGGAAAUGCAGGGGUCCGGGUUCUAG